AUGUCAAAUGUUGAUGGCCUCGCUCAGUACCGCUGCCCGCAUGAACUCGCAAUGCAAGUAUUUCAGACGCCAUCAAGGGGAGAGCGAUACGUGGAGCCUGGGAGCCCCAUCUUUUUCGCGCAAGGACAAAUCAAACUGGAGAUACAUGGUCUGCCGAGCUCCAUAGACCCCAACUCUGUGCGAAUUACAGGUUUAGGAAAUGUGCAAUUAUUGGGCAUCGCAUGUACCGUCGGCAAGGUUCAGCCUUUGCCUACUGGCGCUGCAGAGGCCAUCCGCAGCCUCCAGUCCAAGCGUGCAUUGCUCCACGAGGAAAAGAAAAUCAUUGACGCGUCGUUGGUCGCCCUAAACAACUAUGUGACCGACAUGAAAGGCGACAAAAUCAGUCCGAAAGAAGCAGACAGCUUCCUGGACACUUAUAUGACUCGUGCGCGAGCACUGAUCAAAACCGGUACUGGACUUGACGAGCAUAUUUUGCUUAUGAAAAGGGAGAUCAGGGCUUUGACGCUGGAGCAGUCGGCCAAGCAGGGUAGGGCCGAGGGCCUGGUGACUGUGAUAGUGAUGGCUCAAGCAGCGACGGAUGUUGAGCUCAAGCUGACUUAUGUUGUACGCAACGCGACAUGGUCGCCGACGUAUGAACUGCUGGCGGAGUCAGAGAGUGGGAAGCCUGCUUCUGCGGUCUCGCUUCACUAUCGUGCACGGAUCACGCAGAGCACGGGCGAAGACUGGACGAGCGUUGCGCUGACUCUGAGCACGGUGGCCAUGGACGGAUCAGAUCAGCGUAUUCCUGACCUCAAACCCAUCCGUAUCUGCCCGCCCACCGUUAUGCCUCUUCAUGCUCUUGGUGGUCUCUUCGGGCGCUCCUCGGGUGCCUUGAAUGAUAAUUAUGAAGAUCUAGAGCCCGGGACGAUCGUGAAUGCAAGCCCUUUGUCGAUGUCUUAUCGUGUUGAGGGCAAGUCGAGCAUCUCGAGCGACGGCGUCACGCACAACGUUUCCUUCGCACAACUCCAGUUCGAGGCUGAGGUCGCUCACAUCGACGUUCCACGUGUUAAAGCGAUCGUGUAUUUGCAGGCUGGGGUGAAGAACACGAGCAAUUACUGGCUGCUGCCUGGCCCAGUGAACGUGUUCCUCGAUGAUGGUUUCGUCUCUCAAACUUCGAUUCAGGAUAUUGCGCCAGGUGACACGUUCGACUGCACGCUUGGGCCCGACUCGUCGACGAAGAUCACGUACGCGCGCCAGUCGAAGCUUGUCGUCGCGAGCGCGAGCGCGUUCUCGGAGCCGUUUAAGAUGAUGACGUACACCGCCCACACGAUCGUGUACAACAGGCACGCGUUUGCGCUCGAGCGCCUCAUCGUGCGCGAUGUGAUCCCCGUAUCGGUCGAGGAGGAUCGUGUGCGGGUGAUCUUGCGCUGUCCCGAGAUCCUCGCGGAGGCUAAUGAGGGCGAGGAUUGUGUGGUCGCCCAGUCGGACGGGGGCGUGGGCGUGGAUGGUCUCAAGGUGCGAUGGAGGAAGGUACAAGGAGAUAAAGGUGGGAAGAAUGAGGGCAUGUUUGAGUGGGUUGGGGCUGUGGGCGCUGGGAAGGAGAUCAUGAUUGAGACGGAGUGGGAUGUGAGAGCGCCUGCUGAUGUUAACUGGGUCGAGACGAGUUGA